AUGGAGGACGCAGAGCUUGUGAUCAUAGGUGCCGGCAUGUAUGGCCUGACAAGCGCAUCUACCUACCAUCGCCUCCACCCCGAGGCCAAGAUCUUAAUCCUGGAUUCAUCGCCUGCCAUCGGUGGGCCAUGGGCUCCUCAUCGCAUUUUCCCUGGUCUGAAAACAAACAACCAGUGGGGAAUGUAUGCGCACCCUGAUUUCCCCAUGGAUGAAGAGAAGUUUGGCGUUAAAAAGGGCGAGCAUAUACCUGCAGAGAAGGUGUUGGAGUAUCUUAAUGCGUUCGCGGAGUGGAGUGGAAUUACCAAGUUUUUGAGAUUGAAGACAGUUGUUGGCGUUAUUGAAAAGGAUGGCGAGGAUUGGAAUUUGCACUGCACUUCUUCUUCAUCGACGCCGAGCAAUCCUUUCAAUGUUCGAACGAAGAAGCUUAUCAUUGCAGUCGGCAGCACAAACAAACCCCACAUCCCAAAGUACUCAACAUCAACUUCAUUCGACCCGUUAGUCAUACACUCAAAGGACUUCCCAAGACAUUUCAAGGAAAUUGUCCAACCCAACAUGCACACUCUGGUAAUUGGCAGCGGUAAAUCAGCCUGGGAUGUGGCUUAUGCGUGCGCGACACAGCCCUCCUCCUCAGCGACAAUCCUCAUCCGCCCCUCCGGCAACGGGCCAAUGUGGAUGACACCCUCGCACGUCACCCCACUCACGCUCUGGCUCGAAAAGCUGGUAUUUACGCGUUUUUUCGGCUUCAUGUCACCCUGUCCGUGGGCAUCGACGAGCGGUAUCGAAGGCUGGCUGCGCUCUUUCCUCCAGGGAACGUGGCUAGGCCGCAAGAUCACCGGUGCAUUCUGGAACAUUCUUGGUGAGGAUGCAAUCGCCCUGAACAAACUCAAUGAGCAUCCCGAGACGAAGAAACUACGCCCGUGGAGGGGGGCCUUUGAGGUCGGUAAUGGGCUUAGUAUUCACAACUAUUCCACCAACUUUUUCGAUCUGGUAAGAGAAGGGAGGAUCAAUAUUGUUAUUGAUGAGAUUGAGAGCUUGGAAGAAGGCAGGGAAGUGCGAAUGAAGAGUGGAGAGAAGAUAAAAGUUGAUGCUGUGGUGUGUGCAACGGGGUGGGAGGUUGGGAAUACAUUCAAGUUUAAACCCGACGGAUUGGAGAGGGAGCUCGGGAUGCCCAGCACUAGCCCACUCGACAACGACGAAGAAAAGUUGAUUCAGAAGACGGAAGAAGAGCUGUACACGCGAUUCCCAUACCUCCGAGAACGCGACACAGGCCGAACGCACCACCCUGACCCUAGUCUUCGAUACACGCAGGACCAGGCAGUGGAUAAGAAUCAGCAGCCUUACCGUCUCUACCGCUUCAUAGUUCCGCCAGCCAUGCUGCAAGAUCGCUCCGUUGCUAUCGCCGGCGCACUCAUGUGUCUCGGCAGCUUCUCUUGCGCAUACAUACAAUCUCUCUGGAUCACAUCGUACUUUGAUGGCACAUUGAACUUCGCGUCUGGGGAACAAAUUCGCGCCGAGACGCUUCGAGACACCCAAUACUGCGCAAUUCGAGGUGCAAUGGGUUACGGCAGAACACUCCCAGAUCUUGUCUUCGACUCUUUGCCCUACUUUGACGUUUUACUGGGUGAUCUGGGAUUCACAGGAAAGAGGAAGGGAGGGCUGCUGGGUCUUAGGGAGUGCGUGAAGAGUUACGGGCCCGAGGACUAUCGGGGCUUGCUUAAUGUGGUGGAGAAGAGGAUGCUUGGAGAUGAGACGAAGAAAGACAUCUGA